AUGCCCAAGGUGGAAUAUCUUGGACAUAAGAUCUCGCACAAUGGACUGGAGGCGAAUCCGAAGGAUAUAGCCAUGCGAUCGUUUCUGGGGAGUCUGAACUAUUAUAGCCGAUUUAUCGAAGACUACGCGAUUUACGCGUCGGUUCUGUACGAAUUGCGAGAGAUCGACUUUGCUGCGAUGACAAAAGAGGCUACCCAAGGGCGGAUCCAACAAGUACUGGAAGCAGAAGGCGCAGAUCCACGAUCACAGGAAGAUCGGGACGUCGAUCACCGAAGGACCUGGGAUCCGGAGGCGCCUGAUCCUAUGGAGGUAGAUCCACGUUGGAUCCAUGCUCACCGGUCCUUCAACGUGCUCAAGACCAGAACCGCUACCACUCCAAUCUUACGACACUUUGACCCAGAGCGGGAGGCCACAGUGGUGGUGUACACAAGUGACUGGGCCAUCUCGGGAGCGUUGAUGCAGGAAUACGACCAGAUCUACUAUCCUGUGACAUUUGCCAGCCGUACUCUGAAGUCGAAUGAACUAAAUUACGGCAUCGCAGAGAAGGAGGUACUAGCCCUCCUGAGGAUUCUGGAUCUCAAUUACACUACGUUGGUCGGGCGUCCGAUCCGUGUGUUAACCCGACAUUCAACAUUGGCGUGGCCCACGGCCUUACAAGGGCGUUUAGGACAAUGGGUGGCUCUACUGUCACCUUGA